AUGUCGGAUUUUACGGUCCCUGAGAUAAUUUGCAUCUGGGGCGGUGGGCUCAUUGGCAUGAGCACCGCAGUGCAUUUUGCCAGACAAGGCUUGCGAAGCAUCGUGUACGACAUCAACCCAACCCAUGUUUCUCAGCUCAACCGUGGAAUAUUCCCAGCAAAUUUUGAGUCUUGGGUUGGCUUCCCGAUCAAAAGCUUCAUAUCGUCCGGCCAAGUCAGGGCAACGACCGAUCCCACAGAGCUUAGUCGAGCAUCAGUGAAGGUCCAUUUCGUCGCGGUACCGACCGAAAGGAAUGGGGAGCCCUAUAUGGUCGCCAUUGAAACCGUUCUCGCCCAGAUCGCACACAUGUCCCCGGACAUUUGCAUCAUCGAGAGCACCGUAAUUCCAGGAGAAACAGAAGCGCUGGGCAAGAGGUAUGGGCUGCCCCUUGGGGUAGCAACACGACGGGAUUGGUUUACAACUACUGAAAACAACCUCGAGAACUGCGUCAGAGUCUAUGCGGGCAUUACUCCCGAGAUCAGCGAGCGCAUGGAAGUGAUUCUUUCCGUGGUUUGCAGGAAGCUUGCUCGAGCAACAUCAUGCACAGUCGUCGAAUUGACAAAGUGCGUGGACAACGGAAUAUUUCAUACUGUUGCCAUGUAUGCCUGCCAGAUGGCAUCGGCCUAUCCAGACACCAACACCACCGAAGCACUUCGACUUGCAGCCACCCACUGGCGACUCGGGAAUCAUAUUUACUUUCCAUCCCUCGGGACUGGCGGGCCCUGCGUGCCACUGGCGAAUAAGUACUUGAUAUCAGGUUCUCCACAUCCCGACAAGCUCACCAUCGCCUCGGCAGCAAUUGAAAUCGACACCGCCGCCUCUUUGGAGGUCGCUGCCCAAGUGAAGCAGCAACUCAACAUCGAGGAUCGCGUCGCGGUACUGGGAAUAUGCUAUCGCGGCGACAUUCGCGUGCACGUCCAGUCUCCGCAUCUCAAGUUCGCGCGUGAGCUUGCCCGCCUUGGGGUAUCCGUCAGCAUCCACGACCCGUACUACUCGGCAGACGAGCUGAGCGAGAUAGCCCCGGACUGCUCGUCGCUGCAAUUUCCUAACGACCUGAAGGCAUUUGACCUGAUUUACGUGGGAUCAAACCAUGCACUGUACAGCAAGAGGAUAUACUCGGUGCUUGCCUUCAUGCGCCGCGGACAACGCAUCCUUGACAACCAGGGCAUUUGGGAGGCAUUGGCCGACGACGCGAGGAGCCUUGGGGUCUCAUACCACCGGGUCGGUGACGCGCGAUGGCUCACGUCGGUUGCAGAUGAUGGCAUGCAGAAGAAGAUCAAGACUCCCCCUCCCCUCCCUCCUCCUCCUCCUGUUCCCCAGAGAGAUGACUCUGAAACCAACAACGUCGUCUUCAAAACACCAUGGUUCCAGAUCCGGUCCACACCUGAUUUCCGCCCUGCCUCCUCCUCCUGCGGUCCUUACUACAUCCUCGACCGGCCCGACAGCGUCAUCACCAUCCCCUUCUCUCCCACCAGCAACCGCGUCCUCCUCCAGCACCAAUUCCGCCCCCCACUCGACAAAUCCGCAUGGGAAUUCCCCAUGGGCUGCAUCGACCCGGGCGAAUCCCCCCAGCAUGCCGCGCGACGCGAGCUGGCCGAAGAGACCGGCCUGAUAGUGAGUGACUCCGACGACCGCGACUCCAAAAUGGAGCUCUUGGGCACGUACCACCCCUUACCGGGCAUGUCGGCGCAGAAAUGCCACGUCUUUCUAGCCCGCGUCACCGACGAGCAGCUACUUCACCAUCCGCGUAUCAUCCCGAAGCCUGACGCAGACGCAACCGCCGAGUAUGAGGGCGUCUCGGCGUACCAGACCGUCGAUCUCGCGGCGUUCAGAGAGCUGUACGUCUCUGGCGACUUGGUGGACGGCUUCACCCUGGCCGCGCUGGCGAUCUGGCUAUCCGUCUCGCCUGAACUGAGGCAGGUUUUCUCUUCCCCCAGUAAAUAA